UUUAGAGUUAUGCCCCUUCAGUUUUUGAUACCAAAAGUAAACGUUGAGUUGUUCUUGUUUGGGUCGUUCCUAAUUUUAAUAUUAAAUUGUAAUGGCACCUAAAAGAAUUUGCAUUGUAGGCUCGGGUAAUUGGGGGUCGGCUAUAGCAAAGAUCAUUGGACACAAUGUGAAGCAGAAGAAAUUUGAUGACAAGUUUGAGAAUGAAGUUCCUAUGUACAUGUAUGAAGAGAUGAUCGAUGGGAAGAAACUCACGGAAAUCGUUAACACGAAACACGAAAAUAUAAAAUAUUUACCUGGCUUCAAAAUUCCUGAAAAUGUGAUUGCUAUUCCUGACGUAGCUGUAGCAUGUAAAAAUGCCGAUGUUCUGGUUUUUGUGCUGCCACAUCAGUUUGUCCGAGGAGUGUGCAAGCAGAUUGUUGGCCACGUCAAAAAGGGCGCCAUCGCAGUGUCAAUGAUAAAGGGUUUUGCUAUCACAGACACUGGUAUCGAGUUGAUCUCUCACCAGAUUAAAGAUGAACUAAAGCUAGAAUGUGCCGUGUUAAUGGGCGCCAACUUGGCAACAGAAGUGGCCAGUGAACAGUUUUGUGAGACAACAAUAGGCUGUAAAGACGCAAAACUUGGACAGAUGUUAAAGGAGCUGUUUGAGGCUGAAUAUUUCAGAGUGACCGUUGUUGAUGAUCGGGAUACAGUGGAAGUCUGUGGAGCUUUAAAGAAUGUUGUAGGUAUUGGAUCAGGUAUCGUGGAUGGACUUGGGUUUGGCGACAACACAAAGGCAGCUGUUAUCAGACUUGGUCUUAUGGAGAUGAUCAAAUUUGCUGAAGUUUUCUUUUCAGGUUCGAAGUCAGAAACAUUCUUUGAAAGCUGUGGAAUAGCAGAUUUGGUCGCAACCUGUCACGGUGGUCGGAACAGAAUGUUGGGAGAAGCUAUCGUGAAAUCUGAUAAGUGGAUGGAGAAAGGCAGCGUUCGUGUGUUAGAGAAAGAAAUCCUCAAAGGUCAAAGUUUUCAAGGACCCAGGGUUGCUAGAGAGGUGUUCGGAAUGUUGGAGAAAAGAAGUCUAUGUGAUAGGUUUCCGCUGUUUGUAGCCGUUCACAAAAUCUGUGCCAGAGAAAUGAAUCCAGCUUCCUUUAUUGACUGUCUGAGGGAACACCCAGAACAUUUAUAAGCUGACGCACCAUUGGUUAACUUUUCCAUAAAGAAUUUUGUAAGAGACUUGUUGACUGGUUGCACCCUCCUGGCCAUGUUGAAUCAACCUAAUGAAUGUGCAUAUUAUUCUUUAGUUACAUAAAGUGUUGAAUCAUU